AUGGAACUUUCUCUAGAAAACAGAGAUGGGCUUCUUCUACAAACCAUCUGGGACAGGAUAAGACAGCAGAACCUCCUCAGAACUCCAUUAUUCCCUUCUUUGUUCUCACUGACUGUUUACCUGAGCUGCUGUCUGCCUUAUAUAUGCCUGGAUGUGCUCUCCUUCAGAUUUGACGUGAUACGCCGCUUCAAGAUUCAGCCACAGAGCAAGGUGACCUGGGCAAUGGCCUGGGGCUGUUUGCUGAAAAUUUUACACACCCAUGCCUUUGUCAUCUUCCCUAUUACCAUUCUGCACUGGCACUGGACACCCGUCGUUCUCCCGAUUGAGGCCCCUGAGCUCCGUUCUGUCCUCGGUGGUGUACUAGCCUGCCUCCUUCUCUUUGACCUGCAGUACUUUGUGUGGCAUCUGCUGCACCACAAGGUGCCCUGGCUCUAUCACUCUUUCCACAAAGCACAUCACCGCCACACGGCCACCUUCUCCCUGACCGCGGAGCACGCAAAUGUCUGGGAGACCCUGAGCCUCAGCUUCUUUGCAGCAGUGAACCCUGCACUUCUGGGCUGUCACCCGCUCACUAAGAUGCUCUUCUUUAUUCUCAACAUCUGGCUGUCUGUGGAGAGCCACUCAGGCUAUGAUUUUCCCUGGUCCCCAAAUAGACUAGUGCCUUUUGGCCUCUAUGGAGGAGCUCAGCAUCACGACCUCCACCACCUCAAGUCCCGGGUAAACUACGCGCCAUACUUCACGCACUGGGACAGGCUUUUUGGUACAUUGUGCAGAGAGCAGUGA